UUAAGGGAGCCCGGCCCUCGCUCCGCCCCCCAGACUCCAUUCAACUCUCCAAAACUGUCUCUCUCUUUUACUGUCAUUAUAUUUCUUUCUUUCACAGGAAGUUCUCUCUAAUUCUUGUUACUUUUAAUAUAUUGAACGACGGAAAGAAUUGAAGAAUGUCGUUCUGGGACGGCAAUUUUCUGAACGGCGUGCUGUCGAAGCCGACGUCCAUUUUCGGGCUGAAGCUGUGGGUGGUGAUCGGCAUCUGCGUUGGCGCCGCCAUCGUCCUCGUCCUCUUCCUCCUCGCCCUCUGCCUCACCUCCCGACGCCGCCCCGCCUCCAGGAAACCCCCCAAGCUCCACCUCCAUGACCCCACCCCGUCCGCCCCCAAGGACAUUCCCGAGAUUGUCCACCACCACCACCGCCGCCAACGCGCCCCCUCCUCCGCCGCCGAAGUGCAGAUCGACAUCGGCGGCAAGGCGGACCACCGGGUGGUGCUGGCCGACCAACACCGCCCGCCGGCGCCGGUGCCGGCUCCGCCGUCGGCGUCGACGACGAAGAGCGGGGAGAGCCAGGAGACGGCGGAGGGGACGACGCCGUCGAUGGGGGGCGGCGGGACGCCGGAGGUGUCGCAUCUGGGUUGGGGACAGUGGUAUACGCUGCGGGAGAUGGAGGAGGCCACGGGGGGGCUCGCUGAGGAGAAUGUCAUUGGAGAGGGUGCGUACGGGACCGUGUACCGCGGGGUACUCGCGGAUUGCACCGUAGUCGCCAUAAAGAACUUGCUCAAUAAUAGGGGUCCAGCAGAAGAGGAGUUCAGAAUAGAGGUUGAGACAAUUGGACGCGCUAGGCACAAGAAUCUGGUCAGAGUUCUUGGUUACUGUGCUGAGGGGGCUUACAGGAUGCUUGUCUAUGAGUAUGCAGACAAUGGUAAUCUGUAUCAGUGGCUUCAUGGGGAUGUUGGGGAAGUGAGUCCGCUGACAUGGGAUAUCAGGAUGAGGAUAAUACUGGGAACAGCCAAAGGGUUGGCCUAUCUUCAUGAGGGGCUUGAACCAAAGGUUGUUCACCGUGAUGUCAAAUCUAGCAACAUACUACUUGACCAGCAGUGGAAUCCAAAGGUUUCAGACUUUGGGCUUGCUAAGCUCUUAGGUUCUGAGAGGAGUUAUGUAACAACUCGCGUCAUGGGGACCUUUGGCUAUGUGGCACCUGAGUAUGCUUGCACUGGGAUGCUCAAUGAGAGAAGUGAUGUUUACAGCUUUGGGGUACUUAUCAUGGAGAUCAUAUCUGGGAGAACCCCCGUGGAUUACAGAAGACCACCUAGGGAGGUGAAUUUGGUUAAAUGGUUGAAAAAAAUGCUCAGACACGAGAAAUAUGAGCAGGUUGUCGAUCCUAAGAUGCUUGAGGAACCAUCUCCCAAAGCACUCAAACGGGCACUUCUGGUGGCCGUGCGGUGUGUUGACCCUGAUGCACAGAAACGGCCUAAAAUAGGACAUGUGGUCUACAUGCUUGAAAUGGAUGAGUUGCUAUUUCCUGAUAAUCACGAACUUGGGCAAGAAGCAUCUGCAAAGCCAUUGGAUGGGUACAACCAAAGAGAGGAGGGAAGCUUCAGCAGGCGUGACCAUCAGACAAGGUGGCGAUCAUAGGAUCAAAGUAGGUGACUGGCCAUUUGCAUUUGUAACCUUGAAAGGAUAAUGGAAUUCUUCCAUUUUUAACCAUUUAAUGUUGCAUUCUCAUCUUGCAUUCAGCAUCAUGCUGGCCAAAUGAUUUCUGUUUGAGGAAACAUCCAUUUAUGAUUAUAAUAUUUAAUGACAUAUAUUGGUAAAGAAUUCCAAAUUGCA